CCCAUUCCACAUAUUCUAGUCAUUCACCAUUAUGGAGGACAAUCUAAUCAUAUGUUUGGGAGGGGGUAAUAUUAGGUAGCUAAAGGUAAAAUUUACUUCGGUAAACUGAGACAGGAUUUACGGAAUUUACCUCCUCAUUACGUCACACUCCUUUACUUUCAUCAUCUCCGAUGGAGCCAAAAUUUCACCUGUUUUUGGCUUUGGGGUGUGAUGGAAUAAAUCAAAAUGGAUAUCUAAACUAUUUGCGCUUCUUUAAUUAAUGAAGUAGCAGUUAGUCAAGCAAUGCAACUUUCGACGUUGAGCCGGGGGUCUCUUUGGAAACAGCCUCUCUACUUUCGAGUAGGGGCAAGGUCUGCGUACACACACCCUCCCCAGACCCUACUCUUGUGGGAUUUAACUGGGUUGUUGUUGUUGUAUUACGUCACACUCCUUUCUUCACCUCCAAAUUAGCGAAAAUAUGAUGGUAGUAACUCCCAAAAUUAGGAACACUCUUUGGCCAAUUCUGCAACAAGGCAACAGCACCGAGAAGCUCCCACGAGGCAAAGAAGCUGUGGCGAUUUACAUUGAGAGACUGAGGAAGACUCUUUUGGCCUGUUCGGCAAGAAGGCAAGGCAAGAAGAAGCUCCCAAAGAGCGUAGAAGCCGUGAAGACCCAUCUUCGUCUCCCUUCUGAAUGCUGCCAUCGCUGUAACUUCAGAGCCCGUCUCUACGUUUUUCAUCUCGCUGCUGCUGGAAGUGUCAGAAGCUGAGGGGAGGAACAAGCGUAUUCAAUUCCAAACCAAGAGUUGUAUGAGCAAUUGUGGCAGUUUCAGUGGGUGGCCGUUAAGAGUUUCUUGAUGGUUUGCUGAUGGACGCGGGAAUUCAGGUGGUUAUAUUUGGAGUUGUCUGGAGAACUAAGAUUUCUUAAUGUGUUUUGAAGUUUAUUACUUUUAUGCUAAAAAAAGGUGUUUGUUUGU